UGCUGUCUGCUAUGGCGGCCAUGGGAUAGUGCCCAACGGUGCCGAAGGGCUAGAGCUCACACAGUCGUGAGAUGUGCACGGUUGCGGACGUGUUUUCCCUUCGCUCCUCACAUUCCCCGCUUAUUUUUACAAGCUAGUAAAAGAGAUACAUCAUUUCUCUUCUGAAAUAAGUGCUAUUUUUCAUUUCAGGAUUUUGUGUGCUGUGUUAUAUUCUCUGAUCGUGUGUCAAGUGUGUUUUGUCUGUUCGUUUCCCAUUCGUGUGCGAUGAAGAAAAAGUCAACCAGACUUUGAAUAAGAUCGGAUUUACACUCUCUCUCGAAUUGGCUUUACAACAACUCUAAGACCAGGAAUUUAUUUUUUUGAAGGACACACGUUUAUCUUGAAAAAGUUUAUUUCUUCUUUACUAUUUUUUCGCUCGCCGAUUCCACAAUUGCCACCAAAAGUUUAUCGAUUAUGGUCAUGGCCUUUUUACAACCUGACGUUCGGAUUGGUUCACUCUGAAUUUAAAAAAAAAAGCUCAAAAUUCGUUUUUGUUUUUUUGGUUUGCUCAAGUUGAGAAAUUUUUGUUCAAAACAAGCUCAAUCAUCUUCAAUCGGAAAGUGUUUCGUCGGAAGUGUGUUAGUUGCCCAAGUUGCCUUUUUCGAUAUCCUCCUCCCCCCCAAAACACAUCAGCAAGAUGGUGCGACAUCAUCAACGGCUAGCCUCAUCAUCGGAGCGGAUCGAAGAUUCGUCCUUAAUCACCACCUCCACAUCGUCGUUGAUGAUGUGGAGGAGACGCUACGGCUGUCAUUGCGGCAGCGUCCGGUGGCCGACUUGGCCUCCCAUGCUCCUUUUGCUACUUCUCGUUUCGGUUGAAACGCUUUCUCUGGCCACCGUUACCACAGCUACUCGCAUGCACUAUAUCCAUUGGAAUACCACCAAUCCCAUAUUCCGGAUAGACAAUACAGAUCACAUAAUCGACGUGAACAAGAACAACAUUCCGUUCGAGUACGACCAGGUGAACAUCAUAUGUCCAGUUUACACGCCCGGGACGCACGAGGACGACGCGGAAAAGUACAUCAUUUACAACGUGUCGAAGGAGGAGUACGACACGUGCCGCAUCACCAAUCCAAACCCGCGGAUCAUCGCCGUCUGCGACAAGCCUUACAAGCUCAUGUACUUUACCAUCACCUUCCGUUCAUUCACGCCUCAGCCCGGAGGGCUUGAAUUCCGACCCGGACAGGAUUACUAUUUCAUCUCGACGUCGUCCAGAGACGAUUUACACCGACGCAUCGGUGGACGGUGCUCAUCCCACAACAUGAAGGUGGUCUUCAAGGUCUGCUGCAAAGCCGAGGAUUUGGACAAAGGAACAACCGCAGGACGGCCGGCUUUGCCCAGCACUACGACAUCGACGACCAUGUCCACUAUAUCGACGAGCAUUGCCGUGAUGAACAGCACGACCACUCAGGCGCCUGCUGUCCCCACUCGCAUCAUCACCACUCAAGUGAUGCUGCCGUCUGUCACUUCUCCUCGCAUGCCACCACACUGGAAAGAUGUGGAAAUUCAGAGUUUCAGUGUCCGGACCACUACGAAAAAAUCAGAUGAUUUCGAUAAAUUAUCCAACGAAGUGGUGAAGAAUGAAGAAUUGACGUCGAAAUCGAGCGGCGCCAGACGGCAAGUCGGCCUCAGCCCGCUGUCUACUCUUAUUGCGGCCGCUCUUGUAACCCUGAUCCUCUUCAGGGUCCGAUGAAAAGAAUAAAUACAACAACCACAGCAGCAGCAGCAGCAGCAGCAACAACAACAACAACAGCAAACAAGAAGAAGAAGUAGAAACAAGUCUCUCCUCUCUCAUCACCGUCACGCUCGCUCGCUUUCCCGACUUUUGCUGUCACAUCGAUACUCGAGUCGUGUCGUUCAUCCUCGCCAGCAAAACAUCAAACUAGACAUCAAGGAAUCAAACAAACAAAAAAAAAACAAUGAAGGAGAAGAAAUGCGACCAAAACAACAACUAAACACAACCAAAAGAAAAAACAAAACAAAAACAAAAUCGUAACACUAAAAAAAAGGUGAACGGGACCAUUUCGUGACAUAACUCUUUUUUUUUCCUGUGUGUGUGUGUUUUAUUAUUCUCCAUAAAGAGAGAGAGAGAGAGGCGGGAUUAAUGGCGACGCGCACUACGUUUUUUUGGGGGGGUUGGAAAUUCCUUCCUCAAAAGGUGACCACACUCUCCUUCUUCGUGAAUUUUUGUGUUGUGCAACAUCUUUUGGGUUUUCUGUUGGUCGUCGUGAAAAGAGGUGGGAAAUCCUGCAUAGUGAAGAAGACCAGCCAAACAAAUGUGUAACAAGGAAAGCCUCUUCCUCCUUCUCCUCCCCCUGUUGUUGUUGUUCGUGAAAGGAAAUCGGCGACGUGUCCGUGACAUUGUUGAAUGACAUUUUGCGAAUGCGUUUCUUUUGGUUUUGUUUUCCAUCGAGAGAGAGAAUGUGACGUAAUGCGAGAGAGAUUCCCCCCCCCCCCUUCGUCCCAAGUGCCAUAUACUGCCCCCCCCCCCCGCCCGCCCUCUCUCUUAUAUUUUCUCCCGAUCAAUAUGUAUGUAAUUAAACACAAAAAAAGAAGAAAAAACA